AUCUAUUAGACUUUCCUAAUCUAAGUGGGCAUCAGCCAAUAAGGCUAAGUUUUAGUUAUAUUAAAUUAAUAGGUUAUUUUAUUACUUGUUUUCCUAUUCUUACUAGGAUUUGGUUUAAUUUCCUGUUUAGGUUUUUAAUUCCUAUUUCAAUUAGGUUUUCUAUAUUCUAGUAUAAAUAGGCUAUUAAGAGACUCUUGUAUUUAGUUUUGUUGAUGAAUAUAAUUUCAGACUUUAGUCUAUAGAGUUUCUAUUGGGAUUUUGCCCUAGAACUCAAUUAUCUUCGUUCCAACUUCGAUUCUAUUGCUUUAUCCUUCUAUUCUCUAUAUUUUGGGUAUGUUUGCGUCGCUGGACAGCAGCUUAUAGCCGCUGCCCUGCAUCAAAUUGGUAUUAGAGCCUAGGUUAAUCCUUGUUCCACAGCAUGGUUGGACGUGCUAGAGGUCGUGGACGAGGGAACCAAGCCCAAAACACAGAGAUGGCUGAGAUGCGGCGUAUGAUGGAAGACUUGUCGAGAGCGGUGCAAGCCCUCCAACGACAGGAACGAGCGGAUGCCUAUAUGGAGAUUCCGGAACGCAACCGCGGACCCUUACACAUACCGGAAGGUGGUGGUGAGGAUGAAUAUGAAGACGAGACGGAUGUCGACAAACCUUUUCAUGAAGCUGGAAACCAUGCUGAUGGUCAUCGAGGUGGAUUGGAAGAACGGUUAGUUCGUGCGUUGGAUUUGAAUGGUGGAGGAAUUAAAAUUGAAGUUGUUGAUUUCUAUGGAAAGAUGCAUGUCGAAGAUUAUUUGGAUUGGGAGGCAAGUCUAGAGAAUUAUUUUGAAUGGAAGCCUAUGGCAGAAGAUCGCAAGGUGUUGUUUGUAAAGCUUAAAUUGAAGAGUACCGCGCUUCAAUGGUGGAAGAGAGUUGAAGAGCAGCGUGCUCGGCAAGGGAAGCAGAAGAUCAACACAUGGGAUCGUAUGAAAUCCAAGUUACGAAAGCAGUUUUUACCAGCUGAUUAUACCAUGGAGUUAUAUGAGCGGUUUCAUAACUUAAAGCAACGAGACAUGUCUGUUGAAGAAUAUACGUCAGAGUUUAAUAAUCUCUCAAUUCGAGUUGGUUUGAAUGAGACUAAUGAACAGAUGACAUCUCGUUAUCUUUCUGGUUUGAAUCAGACAAUUCGAGAUGAGAUGGGGGUGGUCCGUUUGUUCAACCUUGAAGAUGCUCGACAAUAUGCUUUAUUGGCAGAGCGAAAACUAUUGCGUCAUGGUGGAAAGAGAGCAGUUUCUAGCUGCCCAGACACGGGUUGGCAAAGAGAUACUGUUGCUGUUCACGGCAUCCAAAGUGAUGAAGAAGCCAAUCCAAGUACCCAAAUAGGUGGUAGGAACUUGGGGGUUGAUAAGAGUGAAAAUAGGGAGGAAAUAAAACAAUUUCAUCCUCCAAACAGGGGUAAUGUCAGGAAUUCCACGGCUGGAAGUCCUUCACAAGCUCGAUGUUUCAAUUGCGGAGAGGCGGGGCAUAAAUCUUACGCUUGUCCACAAAGAAGAAUAAAUUUGGUAGGUACUAAGAUCAACUUUCCAGAACCAGCGUAUGAUGUUUAUGGCAACGAAGAGGAAGUUAUUGAUCUCUUACCAGUUGAAGGAGAAUGUUUGUUGGUAAGGGGAGUGAUGACAACUCCUAAAAUUGAGGAAGAAGACUGGCGCCGACAUAAUAUAUUCCGAACACGAGUCCUUUGUGGGGGAAGGGUGUGCAACGUGAUUCUUGAUGGAGGAAGUAGUGAAAACAUUAUCUCAAAGGAGGCGGUAGAAAAAUUGAAGUUACCAAUUGAGAAGCAUCCUAAUCCCUACAAGGUGUUUGGUUAAAUUUACUAUUGGUAAUACCAUUGAGGAUGAAGCUUGGUGAGAUAUUGUUCCCACAGACGCAUGUCAUAUCUUAUUGGGAAGACCAUGGUUGUUUGACAAAGACAUGAUGCAUUCCACUAAAACCAACACCUAUUCAUUCUAUAAGGAUGGGAGAAAGUGGACUUUGCAACCGCUUGAAGAAGGAUUCUGCCAUGAGUUUGACAUUGAGAGCAAGGAGGUGGCGUCUGUGUAUCCACUUGUUACUAAGAAAGAUGUUGAGGGAGCUUCGAAUAAAUUAGAAGAUGACAAUAUCCUAAAUUUAGAAAACCCUCCCGUGUUUGACUGUUGUUUGGAAGAAGACUGUGAAGUUUGUUUGGGAAUUGAGCAAGCUUUUGACAAGGUAUUUGGUGAUAGUAAACAAGCUAAAUCUAGGGUAAACUUGAAGGCAGUGAAUCACGAAGAAGUUGGGUUUGAACUUUUGAAGCAACACAAUCAACCCACGUUUGAAGGAAAGGUGAUUGAAGAAAUUCUUGAGGGAAUUGUUGGAGAAGAGAUGAAUUCCUUCAAAGGUGAUACUUAUGAGUAUGCUGAUUUUCUUGGGGUUGAUUCUUUUAAUUUGCAAACUACCAAGAACGUCAUUGACCUUGUCAGACUACUAGUUUUUGGCGUAAAGAGUUUUUGGGCUGAGAGCUUGGCUGCAGAAGAUACCUGGUACUGUUCCAGAAGGAUCAAAUAUUCUAAAUAUCUAUUUCUUUGGAGUGGGAAGGUUCAAUAUCAAGGCCAAAGUUCUACGGACAACUUAACUAAGAGGAGGUUAUGUCUAGGCGGUUUUCACCAAACGAUUGGAAUUCGAGGAAGAAUUCUUCCCAACCCGGUGGAGUUGAUGCGGGAGCAUCUAUUAGACUUUCCUAAUCUAAGUGGGCAUCAGCCAAUAAGGCUAAGUUUUAGUUAUAUUAAAUUAAUAUGUUAUUUUAUUACUUGUUUUCCUAUUCUUACUAGGAUUUGGUUUAAUUUCCUGUUUAGGUUUUUAAUUCCUAUUUCAAUUAGGUUUUCUAUAUUCUAGUAUAAAUAGGCUAUUAAGAGACUCUCGUAUUUAGUUUUGUUGAUGAAUAUAAUUUCAGACUUUAGUCUAUAGAGUUUCUAUUGGGAUUUUGCCCUAGAACUCAAUUAUCUUCGUUCCAACUUCGAUUCUAUUGCUUUAUCCUUCUAUUCUCUAUAUUUUGGGUAUGUUUGCGUCGCUGGACAGCAGCUUAUAGCCGCUGCCCUGCAUCAAAAGUGCAUCAACUUGAUCAUUCUAACGGCCACAAU